AGAUGGCGGCGUCCAGGGCAGGCUGAGGGUUCUGGGGCAGGCAGUGAGAGGUUUCCGUACAGCCGGAGCCUGCGGAUCCCUUCGCUCUGUUUCCUGCUCUCAGGUUUCGCGCCUGUCGUCCUCCCAGGCCCUCGGGUGCGAUGUGGAGGACCUGCCUCCGGCUGCGGGACGAGGGGCGCCGCCUCCUGAACGGGCCCCGGCGUGGCCUCAUCGCCUCCGUGAGGCCGGGGCCAACCCCCCCGCCCCAAGCCCGGGCCUACGCACCCCCGACAGAAAGGAAGAGGUUUUAUCAGAAUGUCGGCAUCACACAGGGUGAAGGUGGCUUUGAGAUAAACUUGGACCACAGGAAGCUGAAAACGCCCCAAGCCAAGCUCUUUACUGUCCCCAGCGAGGCCCUGGCCAUUGCGGUGGCCACAGAAUGGGACUCCCAACAGGACACCAUCAAGUUCUACACCAUGCACCUGACCACGCUGUGCAACACGUCCUUAGACAACCCAACCCAGCGAAACAAGGACCAGCUGAUCCGGGCAGCUCUGAAGUUUCUGGACACCGACACCGUCUGCUACAGGGUGGAAGAACCACAGACGUUAGUGGAACUUCAAAAGAACGAGUGGGACCCGAUCAUAGAAUGGGCCAAGGAGAGAUACGGUGUGGAGAUCGGCUCCUCCACCAGCAUCACGGGGCCCAGCGUCCCUGCCAGGACUCGGGAGGUGCUCACCAGCCACCUGGCAUCUUACAACAUGUGGGCCCUGCAAGGGAUUGAGUUUGUAGUGACCCAGCUCAAGUCCAUGGUGCUGACCUUGGGCCUAAUUGACCUGCGCCUGUCUGUGGAGCAGGCCGUGCUGCUGUCACGCCUGGAGGAGGAGUACCAGAUCCAGAAGUGGGGCAACAUCGAGUGGGCCCACGACUAUGAGCUGCAGGAGCUGCGGGCGCGCACGGCCGCUGGCGCCCUCUUUGUCCACCUCUGCUCCGAGAGCAGCACAGUCAAGCACAGGCUCCUGCAGGAGUGAGGCCCGGGCCCGCGCACCACACACCUGCAGGACAGACUGCAUGGUCGCGUGGCUCCCUGGCUCGGCCUCCGCUUGCAUCGUGCUGAAAUGCCCCCAAGACGCGUGUGAGACUGCAGUCAGCUCGAGUCCAGCCCUGCCCCACCAGCCUCCAAUGAGGGG